AUGGAGGUAUACAUCGACCAUAUGUUAGUCAAAUCACUCGAGGAGAAAGACCAUAUCGCGCACCUACGAGAAUGCUUCGAGCUGUUGAACAAACACAACAUGAAACUAAACCCGGCGAAGUGCAGAUUUGCGGUUACCUCGGGAGAGUUCCUCGGCUACUUGGUGACUCACCGAGGCAUUGAAGCGAAUCCCAAGCAGAUCAAGGCAUUAAUCGAGAUGCCCUCUCCAAGGACGAAGCGAGAAGUUCAAAGGCUCACAGGAAGAGUCGCUGCGCUAAACAGAUUCAUUUCCCGUUCUACCGAUAAGUGUCUGCCUUUCUACGACACUCUUCGAGGAAAUAAGAAGUUCGAGUGGGACGAGCGAUGCGAAGCAGCUUUCCAGGAGUUGAAGAGUUAUCUGGCAAGCCCGCCGAUCCUGGCGAAACCAGUUGAAGGAGAGCCCCUCUUCCUCAACAUCACCGUAUCCGCUACGGCCGUGAGUGGGGUGCUGAUAAGAGAAGAGCGAUUCGAGCAGAAACCCAUCAUUUACGUCAGCCAGACACUGACCGAUGUCGAGAUCCGUUACCCCCAGAUCGAGAAGGUUUCCCUAGCCGUUGUAGUAUCGGCUCGCAAGCUGCGUCCAUACUUUCAAUCACAUUCGAUUGUUGUGCUCGCUACCCUUCCGCUACGCUCGAUCCUGCACAGCACGAGCCAAUCUGGGCGGCUUGCCAAAUGGGCCAAAGCAUUGAGCGAGUACGACAUCGAGUAUCGGAACAGGUCAUCUGCGAAAUCACAGGUGCUCGCAGAUUUUCUCAUCGAACUUCCGACCGAGGCGACUACCGAGCCAACCCCAAACAAAUCUUUUCGCCUGAACUUCCACGCCUCGAACAACGAAGCAGAAUAUGAAGCACUGAUCGCUGGCAUACGACUAGCACAGGGAAUCGGAGUUCGAAAGAUAAGAGCCUUUUGCGAUUCACAGCUCGUAGCAUGUCAAUUCAACGGAGAGUACGAGGCGAAGGAUGGACGAAUGGGAGCUUACCUUGGAGUGGUCCAAGAUUUGGUGCAAAAGUUCGACGAGUUCGAGCUCACACGAAUACCCCGAGGCGAAAACACCUCGGCAGACGCCUUGGCAGCACUUGCUUCAACUUCAGACCCGGAUCUCCGUCGAACAAUUCCAGUCAAAUUCAUCGAACGCCCGAGCAUAGAAGAGGUAGAAGGAGUUCCGCUGAUAAACCCUCCCGAGGAGGAACCAGAGAACGGCGAAGCAAUCGCUAUGGACGAAGACACCUCACUAGCUGAGCUGGAGUACGGCUGUGACAAAGAAUGGCUCGGAGCCAUCCGAGUAUACAUCGCCGAUGGAGAAGUACCAUCCGACAAGUGGGAAGCCCAAAAAUUAAGGGCUCAGGCCGCGCGAUACGUCCUCGUCGACGGCGAAGUAUUUAAAUGGAAAUUUUUAGGAUCGCUCAUGACAUGUGUCGAGGGACCGGAGGCAAGAACGAUAAUGCACGAGGUGCACAGCGGCUCGUCUUACGAUGUUCAAGGACUGCGAGAAGUUCAAGGCAAAGUGCGAGAAGUGUCAACGGCACGCGCCUACAAUCCACCAACCUACCGAGCUGCUAUCGUCGAUUUCUUCACCUUAUCCCUUCAUGAGAUGGUCGAUGGAUAUAGUUGGCCUCUACACCGAUCGAAGCAGAAGCUUUUUCUGCUCGUCCUUACGGAUUAUUUCUCUAAAUGGGUCGAGACCGACUCCUACACGAGCAUAAAGGACGCUCAAGUUGAACACUUCGUCUGGAAAAAUAUCAUCUGCCGACACGGGGUCCCCUACGAGAUAGUCACCGAUAACGGAUCCCAAUUCAUCUCAACCCGCUUCGAAGCUUUCUGCGAGAAAUGGAAAAUUCGUCUAAGCAAAUCUAAGCCAAGAUAUCCCCAGGGGAAUGGACAAGCCGAAGCAGCCAAUAAAAAGAUCCUAGACGGUCUGAAAAAGAGACUCAACGCCAAGAAAGGACGAUGGACAGACGAGCAACUCCGCGCCGAGCCACUGGAGAAACUCCAUUCGCUCUAG